UCGUUAGCUGCUUUUUUUAGAUUGACCUGCUGUGGUAUUGUGUUGCCACUUUGGUACUUUAGGUAAAAAGAAGAACUAGGAGUUGGAAGAAGGAUUUUAACAUGUUUUUGUUAAUGUCACUUGAGAUAAUUGAGCUUUUGUACAUCAUUACCGACUGCUUGCUGAGAAAAUGUACUUUGAAAAAAUUGAUUUAAAGAGAUCGUAAGUUUGAGUCGCAGAUAGGAGCUUCCCUGGUCCGACAAGAUACAUAUCAGGUAAAAUAUUCUUAAUAUUGGUAACAGUAAAGCACAAGGCAAAGGAAGCGGCACAAGUCGAAGAAAAAAGAAGCCGUGAACAAACACUUGUUUUGAAUCUGAGGUUUGCUGUUGGUGUCCAUGUCCAUAAAUAUUGCUAUUUACAUUGGAUGCGAAGAACAUGAGAUUUAGAUGAAAUUUGUAAUCAAGGAGAAUACAUACGAAUCAGUAACCAAAUUGUUUGGUGUAUUCAAUUCACUGCAUAAGCUGUCACUUAUCUCGGCUCAUUCUGUUCAAGUACUCUUCAAUAAUCUCUCUGAGUGGCAGUAUUUCCAUGUAUGAGGCAAGAUAAAUAUUCUGCUCAAGAAAACUGUGUCAUCUGCAGCACAUCAGUUUUACCAGCUAAGCUUUUGAACUGGGAAAAAACAAGGAAUUUCAUCAGCACUUGUCUCAUCAUCGACUAUGAGGAAUGACACUUUAGAAGACCAAGCGAUGUCCGCAACAAAAGUAGUUCGCCUGGUACUUUACAUCACAAUCUUUCUUUUUGGUUCAUUUGGCAACCUCCUCGUGAUUAUUGUGGUACAUGCAAGAGGCAAGAAGCGAACGUUUCACGAUUACUUUCUGCUUAAUCUCGCAAUUGCCGAUUUACUUUUCAUCUUGUGUUUGCCGGCCGACAUUUACGUCGAAAUGACUAUGUUUCCAUUCACAGAGAUUUACUGUAAGCUCAUUUAUCCAUUGACUACAUUUGGAUUUUCUUUAAGUAUCUUUACUUUGACGUCGAUGGCUGUAGGAAGAUGUUACAUCAUGAAGCACCACAACAGGCCACCGAUCAGAGGGAGAAUCGUUAUGUUUUGGAUCAUCCUUCUUUGGAUAUUUUCAAUUUUAUGUGUGCUUCCUCUCUCGGUCGUCGCUCAAUCAGCUCCUGAUGCGUGUCAAGAAGAUUGGCCUGAAAGGAGGUAUCGAUUGGCGUACACUGCUGCACUUUGUGUCCUUCAGUACAUUGCACCUCUAUGCAUCAUUGCAAUAGCCUAUGUUCACAUAGGAAUACAGUUAAACCAUAAGAAACCACCUUCAACGGAUGAUAACAAAACAGCUCAGAUAAUAGCUUUGAGAAUAAGACAGAGAAACAUUCAAAUUAUGAGGACUCUAGCUGUUAUCGUUGUGCUUUUUGCUCUUCUAAUGCUGCCGCACGAGAUUGCUUGGCUGUUGAUAGACUUUGGCCGACUAGAACAUGAUCCAUCAGUCCAAAUACUGAUCAAGUUUUCCCCUAUUCUCACCUAUCUUCAUAGCUGUUCUAAUCCACUCGUUUACGGGUUAAUGAUAUCACAGUUCAGAGAUGAUGCCAGGAAGUGUCUUUGUUGUGUCAAACUAGAAGGUUUUCCUGAAUGCUACGAACACGAAAAUGCGAGUAGAAGGAGCAAAACUGGCACAACAUCACCAAAACCUGAAACCAAGCUAGUAGAAAGAGAUCCAACACAAAAAUCAUCUCGUCCUGUAAGUGGGACUUCCUCAGUGUAUGCAAAUAAACCACGAGUAGAGACAGAACUAUUGAUAACUAAACAAUACAAGGGUAUUUGCCAGACCAAGUUUAAAAAGAACAGUAAUGCAUAAGAAAAAGAUAUGAGUCGACAAGUGUGGAAGCAUUUGAGCCUGUUUUCUUUUAAAUGAAUCGAUUGAAAAAUAAAUAAUGACUUUCAAUGAGACGAAUUGGAAUCAACUGGCAUUUUACCUUUACCUAUUUAUUUUAAGCGACUUGUAAAAACGUAAGUGUUAGAAAUAUAUUGGAUGUUAGGCGAAGCAGUCACUAUAGCAAAACCCUGUAGAGAUCAAAGUAUCAGGGGAUCAAGGGGGGGGGGGGGAUGAUGUUUAAAAAUACUUAAGGGAUUCGCUUCCCUCCGUGAUACCAGCUGGCCUAAUUUAUUGCCCUCCCAUCCCCUUUCGGUACUGAUGUUAUAUAUUGCAUGACUUACAACAUUUUGUAUCAUCCGAUAUAUUCAAGUGUUUAAUGGAUCUCAAGACUAGUAACAUAUCGUUCAAGAUACCUUGGAUCUCAAUACUAGUACCAUAUCGUUCAAGAUACCUUAUAAGCAAUAAAAUCAUCAAGAAAAUUUCGUUAUGCAACAGUGAAAAACUCAGACUAUGAGUUUUAUUCUAUAUUAGCUAUCGUCUGGGAAUUUAUUAGUUCGUAAAAGCUACUGAUUUUAAAUAUUUAAAAGAAUAUAAUAGACAAUAAUUCUAGUAAGAACAAUAAAAAAUUUACCAAAAUGACAUGAAGCAAGUUGUAACGCUUUUGCACACUGAGUGGAUUUUCACAUGCAAAAAUUAUACUGUCAAAGUUACACCUUCAUUUCUCAGCCCGAAAUAUAAAUAUC